AUGCCUUCUCCUAGACCGGUAUCCAAAGGCUCAAAGGAGAACGCUGUCGUCCAGUCACCUUCACAGAUUAAUCGUGAGCCUGCGAUAGUCCAUCCUCCGGCAUUGUACUCCUACAAGGACUACAAACCAGCGCCAGUGCGGGUGUACGUGCGUCACGAGGAGGAAGCGAAUGUCCUCGUCCAAUCGCUUUCCGGUGGUGUUGGAUUUGACCUUGAAUGGAAAGUUAUAUUUAUAACAGGCGCGAAACAGCUGCCUGUUGCUACCGUGCAAUUGAGUAACCGGAAGACGAUUCUCGUGAUUCAGGUAUCUGCAAUGAACAAAUUUCCGGUUAAACUAAAGGAACUUCUUGAGGACCCAAAGGUUCUGAAAGUUGGUGCGAACAUCUUAAAUGAUGGUAACAAACUCGCAAGGGACUACGGCGUCCGUCCGCAGGGACUCAUUGAACUCGGAGCUCUCAUCCGACAAGCCGAUAAACACUACCUCGAACGCUACUACCAGGCCAGUGCCUCUCUUCGCCCCGCUGGUUCGGGUACAGUAUCGACAAGACAAAGUCCAAAGACAAAGAGACGGCCUGGUACACUUAUCAACCUAGCAACGGUGAUUGCAAUGUACACGGGAAAGGAAUUGUCGAAGGGGAGCGUACGCACAAGCAAUUGGGAGGGGGUGCCAUUAAGUGAGGCUCAGUUGGAAUACGCAGCAAACGACGCACAUAGUGCGUUUAUUGUGUACGAGAAGCUUAUCGAGAUGGCGAAGGAGGCGAAUGUCGUACUCAGGCCGGCGGAAUAUACGAAGGGAGUCGAGGCGUUGUACUUCAACAAACCAGCUAAGAAGUUUGUACCUGCGAACCCGCUGUUUUGCCCUGCUCCGCUCGGCCAGGCUCCACCAAUCAAACCAACCUUAUCUUCCUCUUCAACUUCGACUAUUUCUACGACUGCGACGAUGACCACUGCUUCGGAAGUUGUUGCGACCUCUUCGGCGACGACUUCCUCCACUACCUUAGAUCAUCCGCAUUUAACACCUACAAAAGCCACAUUUGUCAAGUCUAAGAGUAAGGCGCAAUCAGCUCAGGACAAGUCAACAACAGCUACGACCCCAACCAGAAAAGCAAUUUAUUCAGUAACGUACGCGGAAGUCGAUGAUAGUGACGUAGAGAUUCUGGAAGUACGGGUUACUCGUCCAGACAGACUUAAGGGUUUUGAACCAAAGUCAAAAAAUGAGGAGAAGGAUAAAGCUGCUACGACGAGGUCAUCAAAUGAUUUGGAAGAAGCAGGCUCAGAUACGAUAAAGUACAAACGUGGGAAGUUUAAACCCAGUUAUAAUUCUGUCUCGAAACCUGGUGCCUGUGAUACGACAGCAAAUACUAUGACUCAAACGACGUCUUCGAUAUCCGCAAACGAGAACGUUAGUGUGAUAGAACAAUCGAGAGCCGAACGUGAUGUGGACCCUUUAUCCGUGUCUACGGAAUUCUUCUCUGCAGGGACUCGCGUAUCAGUGUCUACAUUCGAGUCCGUCAUGUCUGCAGAUCCAAAUCCAAGUGCACACCAUACUCCGCAAUUCAAACCGAGCUACAACAAGACACCAACACCGACAAAAGCUCCCUCAACACCAUCAAAGCAUACAAUAGCAAUACCUGCAAAAUCGACCCACCAUUCUGUCUCUGCCUCUUCCCAUAUAUCUGUGUCAGCGUCCCUUUCUUCCCCUUCCUCCCAGUCAUGCUCCCCCUCGCAUGCCCCCUCCCGCUCACCGCGUCCACCCCAGCCACCACUUUCACGUCUCUGUGCGACGAAGCAACGACCCCAACAUAUCCGCGCCUACAACCUCUGGCACGUCCGGCAGCUCUCACUUGAUGAGAUUUGCGUUUUGCUGAGGUCGAGGGAGAACCCGCUUAAAGUUGGGACUGUCAUAACAUAUAUCGUCACUGCCCUCCAGACCGACCCUAAACUCCAGUUCUCGCGUGAGAGGCUUAGAGCGCUCAUUAAAGAUGGGGAUUCGACUGGAGCCGCGUGGUUUUAUCAUGAAGAGUGGUUUAAGAGACUUGAUGUGAGGAGGUACGUUAAUAUGGAGAGUCUAGGCUAUGCUGGAUACAAUGUAUACGCAUAUAUUCUGCGCUGGAUUAGACCGGGACAGUAG